GCAGCAGGCGGGAGGCGUCAUUGCGACCCCGUGCUUCAGCUUCGUCGAAACAUAUGGCUACACCAUACCUGCUACUAUCGUGGACGGAGCGAAUGAAACCGUAUAAAGAAGCUCCAGUCCGUUUCCAAUAACAGCUCCUACUCACCAUCCACCCAUCCAUCCGAUCACCAAGGCCAGCCAGCAGCAGCCUCUUCCUUCUUUCCAGUGCAGUGCAGUCACAUAUCCGGUCUUUUACCACCAGUCCCGCCCAAAAUGCGUCUCUCAACAGUAUUCACCCUCGCCUUCGCGGCCUUCGCCUCCGCGACCCGCAAAUGCGGCACGGUCGAGCCCUCCGCCGAGUUCAUGGCGAGCUCCAACGAGGUGAUGACCAGCUUCGCCGUCACCGACGUGCACGCGCAAGCCAUCGUGGUGCCCGUCUACUUCCACGUGCUGCGCAGUGGCACCGCCGUGUCGCAAGGCAACAUCGGCGACGCCGCACUCUACGACCAGCUGGACGUUCUCAACGCGGACUACGCAUCGGCGGGGAUCAGCUUCAACCUGCUGGGGAUCACGCGCACCACCAACUCCGCCUGGUACAACGACCAGGCGGAGUCCGCCAUGAAGGCCGCGCUGAGAAAGGGCGACUACGGCACCCUCAACGUUUACUUCCAGAACUUGAGCGGCGGCAUCCUCGGGUACUGCUACUUCCCCGAGUCUAGCCCGUCCGCGGCUACCAUCCGCACCGACGGCUGCUCCGUCCUCUCAACUACUGUCCCCGGCGGCUCCGCCUCGAACUACAACCUUGGACGCACUCUGACUCACGAGGCCGGCCACUGGUUUGGCCUGUACCACACCUUCCAGGGCGGGUGCACGGGCGGCGACAGUGUCUCUGACACGCCGGCGGAGGCGUCGGCCGCGUCUGGCUGCCCGACCGGACGGGAUACCUGCUCGGCAUCCGGCGUUGAUCCCAUCCAUAACUUUAUGGAUUAUUCUUACGAUUCUUGCAUGUACGAGUUCACACCCGGUCAGGCGACUAGGAUGAACACCUUUUACAACAACUACCGUUAAAGCGGCUGCUGUCCGUGGCGGUGGCACA